AGCGCAUGUACGUGUGUGUGGCUGCCUCUCUCAACCAGUCCUCCCUGACAUUCCACAGCAGAUGAGGGACUGAAUGUUUGCAUACAGACACAGAGAAAAGUUUAGGAAUAUCUUUUGGAUCUGAGCACUUUCUACAACAUUUUUCAGCAUAUUUUGUCCUCUUCGUCUUGGGAUCAAACAUUCAACACUUUUUGUUACAGCAUCAUCAAAAAGACUCUAGCUAUACUGAAACAUCCAAACUGUUUUCCUUUUGGGAUUUUGGAGUUUAUCAGUUACUAAUCAAGCCUAGACAGGGGGCACUAGAAUAUUAAACAAAAGGGCUGCAAAAGCCCUGUCACCUCCACCAUGGAUGCUCUCCUACAUUGCAGUGCAAACAGUCUCCAAAUCCCAGGUGAGGAUAGAUCAGCCUCCACAUCUCAAUCUGGUUCUCCCUCUCCUUCCAGAAAUGAGUGCAGUAUCACACCUCUCACUCCCUCCCCCUCUCUGAGGACUGAGGUGAGACCUUGUGUGGCUCAUCCAUUCUCUGUGGUGGUUGCUAUAGAUUUUGGGACUACCUCCAGUGGCUACGCCUUCAGUUUCACAGAAGAUCCUGAAACCAUUCACAUGAUGAGACGAUGGGAGGGUGGGGAUCCUGGCGUAGCCAAUCAAAAGAGUCCAACCUGUCUGCUGCUGACUCCUGACCUGCGGUUCCACAGUUUUGGCUUUGCAGCUCGAGACAGCUACCAUGACCUUGAUCCCGAGGAAGCCAGGCAUUGGCUUUAUUUUGACAAAUUCAAAAUGAAAAUCCACAGCACCAGUGAUCUCACAAUGGAGACGGAGCUGGAGUCUGUGAAUAGGAGAAGGGUUCGGGCCAUUGAGGUUUUUGCUCAUGCCUUGAGGUUCUUCAGGGAACAUGCUUUAAAGGAGGUGAAGGACCAGUCCUCCUCAGUGCUGGAGGGUAAUGAAGUCCGAUGGGUCAUCACUGUUCCUGCAGUGUGGAGGCAGCCAGCCAAGCAGUUCAUGCGAGAAGCUGCAUAUUUGGCAGGUCUAGUCACUUCAGAGUGUCCUGAACAGCUCCUCAUAGCUCUUGAACCAGAGGCGGCCUCCAUCUACUGCAGGAAGCUUCGUUUACACCAGGUCAUUGAUCUCAGCCAAAAACCAAUGACCAAUGGCCUAGAUGUGGAUGGGUCCCGCCCCUUCGAUUCCAGUUUCAGGCAAGCCCGUGAGCAGCUCCGCAGAGCCAGGCAUAGCAGGACCUUUCUGGUGGAGGGUGGUACUGGAGAACUGUGGUCAGAGAUGCAGACAGGUGAUCGGUACAUUGUGGCAGACUGUGGUGGUGGGACAGUGGAUCUGACUGUGCAUCAGAUUGAGCAGCCGCAGGGCACUCUAAAGGAGCUUUACAAAGCCUCAGGGGGUCCAUAUGGAGCAGUUGGCGUGGAUCUUGCCUUUGAGGCUAUGCUAUGCCAGAUCUUUGGAGCAGACUUCAUUGAGACUUUUAAAGCAAAACGUCCAGCAGCUUGGGUGGACCUAACCAUUGCAUUUGAAGCCCGCAAACGCACGGCGGCUCCUGGCCGUGCCAACUCCUUAAACAUCUCACUGCCCUUCUCCUUCAUUGACUUCUACAAGCAACACAGAGGGCAGAGUGUGGAGACUGCCUUGCGCAAGAGCAACAUGAACUUCAUAAAAUGGUCAUCUCAAGGAAUGCUGAAACUCUCAGCAGAGGCAAUGAAUGAGCUCUUUCAGCCCACCAUCAACAAUAUUAUCACACAUAUUGAGAAACUGAUGCAGAAGGAAGAUGUAAAAGGUGUUCGUUUCCUCUUCCUUGUCGGUGGAUUCGCAGAGUCGCCCAUGCUCCAGCGAGCUGCCCAGAAUGCUUUAGGGCGGAACUGCCGCAUCAUAAUUCCACACGAUGUAGGUCUUACCAUCCUGAAGGGUGCAGUCUUGUUCGGUCUUGACCCCACUGUAGUCCGUGUACGCCGUUGUCCGUUAACCUAUGGUGUUGGGGUUUUGAACCGCUUUGUGGAAGGUCGGCACCCUCGUGAUAAGCUGCUCAUUAAAGAUGGGCGAGAGUGGUGCACUGACAUCCUUGACCGCUUUGUAAGUGUUGAUCAGUCGGUGGCUUUGGGUGAGGUGGUGAGGAGGAGCUACACUCCAGCAAGAGUGGGACAAAGGAAGAUUAUCAUCAACAUCUACUGCAGCGACACAGAUGACAUUACCUACAUUACCGACUCUGGUGUGAGGAAGUGUGGUGCCAUUACCUUAGACCUGCUAGAGUCAGGGGCAGUAGCAGAUAGUGCUGGUAAUAAUGGGAAAGGCUCAGUAUUUGAACGCAGGGAGAUUCGCACUGCCAUGCAGUUUGGAGACACUGAGAUCAAAGUAACAGCUGUUGAUGUGGCGACUGGACAACUUGUACAGGCGUCAAUUGACUUCCUGUCCAAUUGAACCUGCAGUUUUUGAACUGAAAUGUGUAUGGAUAUUUAAUGCCAACAGAUCUUGUCAAUGGAUAUCUUAAUAGUAUCUUUAAGUUGAGCAUCUGAAUUAAUAACCCAAGGAUUGCAAUUGUUAAAACUGGAGGACUGAUACAUAAGAUGGAAAAUAACUGGGAUUCCUUAUUCCCAUCAUUAUUGUGCUAGGCACCAGCUUGCUCCAUGAGGGUGUCUCUGUAUUUAGUGUACUGUAGGUUGCAUUGGAUAAGAAUCUAAAUUACUAGCUAUGAAAAUCCCAAUUGUGACAUCCAUACAUGUGUAUAGUUUAUAUAUGAUGUAAACCCUGAAGAAAUAUUCAAAGUUAUUUUCAGACAAACAUCUCUACUGUAUCUAUGGCAUGCUGUCAACUACCAUAGACAUUCAAUUCAUUUGGAUUCAUCCCUCAGUGUGAAAGAAUGGGAAAUGUGUUUACAUGCACUUGUAAUGGAUGUUUAGCAGUCAGGCAAACACCACAAAUUAUAUAUAAAUCAAAAUAUGCUAUAAUUUUAAAUAUGCUACUAAAUUUAAAAAGCAUUA